UGCACUGUGGCCUUUUCCAAAAUGCACCUCGGGAAUUAAGAUUCACCUGGUGCUGCGCGGUGCGCCCUCUUGGUUCCACUGCUGCACCUGUGGCACCGUCUCUGGGGCUACACCAACAAAAUGUAAAACGAAGCCAGUCUUGUCGGGGCAGAUGUGUGUCUUUUUUGUUGUUGCGCUGUUUUUAUUAAUUUAUUUAAUUUUUGUUUUUUUUGUUUUUGUUUUUUUUCUGGACGUGAGCGUGAGAAGAGUUAAAAUUUGAUGCCUUGCUCUAACCGUGCUCCUUCCCUCUCCGCCAUGGGGCGCAAAGAGCGGAGCAGACGAACCAGCCGGUAAUCCGUGCGCUUUUUGCCGUGCACAUAAUUAGAUUACGGUGCACCGAUCUCUGUGCUGCUCCUGCGGUUAAUGCGCGGCUACCUUAAGACAAAACCUCCCAUUCUGACUCUGCAUCGUCUCUCUCUCUCUCUCCCUCUCUCUCUCUCUCUCUCUCUCCAGCCAAUGUCGCUGGAUCUCUCCCCCUCCCUCCCUCCCUCCCCCCUCCAUUUCUCCCUCCUUCUCUCCGGUUGCGAAAGCAAAGGGGGAAUACUAGCGCACAUAUACUGUUACUCCGCGUCUCUCCUACAGAGCUCGUAGUUACCUUCUGAGCCGGAGGCUUAAACUAAAAGAAGACAAGAGGAGAGAAGGAUUCUUUUCUUUUUUUCGCUUUCUUUUUUCUUUUUUUUUUUACUGACACGAAGACCGCAUCUCUUUUUGUGACUUGAAAAUAAACUCCUCGGUGAUUCCUCUCGCCUUGAAGGCAGCAGAAUUUCUCUCUACAUCUCCCUCUCUCUUUCCCUCACCCCCCAUCACACACACACACACACCUCCGAGAGGAAAAGAGAAGAGAGAAAAAAAAGAAAAAGAAAAAGUGGGGUCAGUCUUUCGCCAGGCGGGCUGCUCGGAUGAGUUGUGUGGAUGCUAUUUCCCGGAUUGUCUCCUCUUCUUCGGGCUGUGCCUCGCCGCGGCCCAGACCAGACACAGCAACAGUGUGCGGAAAAAGUAGAUUUGAAUGUUGAACGUAUGGCUUCCACGAGGAUAACGCGCUGGAUGCUUGGUGAAGCAUGGUGGUGAAGAUCGUUAGAAUGCGCUUAAUGGAGCCGCUGUCAUGGGGCCGGGUCAAAUGGCAGAGUGUAAUGGGAACAGGAGUUCUUUGCGUGCUGCUGCUGCUGUUGUCAACCAGCCUGGGCCAAGACACGGAAGACUGGCAAUAUGAGGAGUGUAAGCUUUCUCGGUCGGGUCCUCCUGCCACCAUUGUUGCCAUAGAUGAAGAAAGCCCCAACGGAACGUUGCUGGUGGAGAACAUGCAGAUAAACGGCGUGGCUGAAGGUCCAGAUCGUACCAUCUCUCUGUCCCUGAGGGACAACCGUGACUACUGGGUGAUCCUCGACCCCUCCAGACAAGCCCUUUACCUGAACAGCACCGGACGGGUUUUGGAUCGAGACCCGCCCUCGUACAUUCAGUCCAUCGUGGUCCAGGUCCAGUGCACCAACGAGCUGAUUGGCACCGUGAUCCUGCACGAGGUCCGCAUCGUGGUUCGAGACCGCAACGACAACGCGCCACGUUUCCAGCAGCCCAGAUACUACGUGGCCAUCAGCGAGCUGACUCCAGUGGGAACGACUAUCUUCUCUGGUUUCUUUGGGAACAACGGCGCCACAGACAUCGACGACGGUCCCAAUGGACAGAUAGAGUACACCAUCCAGUACAACCCUAAAGACCCGACUGCCAACAGAACCUUCGACAUCCCCCUGACUCUGUUUGGCUCCGUGGUUCUCAGAGAAAGACUCAACUAUGAGGAGAUAACACGAUAUCUAGUCAUCAUACAGGCAAACGAUCGAGCCCCGUAUCCCAGCGAGCGCCGCACGGCCACCACCACCCUGACGGUGGACGUGCUGGACGGUGACGACCUGGGUCCCAUGUUCCUCCCGUGUACUCUUGUGGGGAACACCCGCGACUGCAGUCCCAUCACGUAUCGGGCAAAUGUGCUGGAGCUGACGGAGCCGAAUAAAGUGAAUCCCCUCAACGUGACUCCAUCCAUCCAAGCUGUGGACCAGGACAGAAACAUUCAACCUCCCUCUGACAGACCAGGGAUCUUAUACUCCGUCCUCAUUGGCAAACCAGAGUCCUAUGCAGAAUAUUUCAGCUUGAACAGAACCACGGCGGAGCUGCUGCUGCUAAAGCCCAUUGACAGAGAACUCCACCGUAGAUUUGAUCUGGUUAUCAAGGCAGAACAGGACAACGGCCACCCCCUGCCGGCUUUUGCAAACCUCCAAAUCGAAGUUCUUGAUGAAAACAACCAGGCUCCCUACUUCCUGGAGAACGCUUAUCAGGGUUACAUCAGCGAGGCGUCGCGAGUGGGCACCACCAUCGCCAUCGACUCCAGCCAGUCUGCACCUCUGGCCAUCGUAGCUCUGGAUAACGACGUGGAGGAGACCCGGGAUCCUCAGCUCCAGUUCUCCCUGGACAGUUAUUCUCACGUUUUCUCUGUUUCUGCCACGGGAAUCAGAAGAUAUCUCACCCUGGUGCAGCCCGUGGACAGAGAGACACAAGACUCCUACACGUUCACGCUCGUAGCAUCAGACGGCGUCCAGCAGAGCGUUCCCGUAACCGUGACAGUGACGGUGUUGGAUGCUAAUGACAACACGCCAACUUUUCCUAACGUCUCGUAUAAUGUCAACCUGUUCACCGAUAUGACGCCUGGAGAAACCGUGCUACAGCUCUCUGCAGUCGACUCGGACGCGGGUCAGAACGGUCAGGUCACCUAUCGGAUCUUGGCCGGUGACCAGGGACAGUUUCUUAUAGGCAACAGCACUGGGGUCAUUACCGUGGCUCCGGGCGUUGAGCUCGCCGUCGGACGGAGCUUCGCUUUGACCGUAGAAGCCACGGACAACGGGCCCGUACUUCACCGAAGGUCAUCCAUUACUACGGUCUAUAUUGAAGUUUUGCCCCCUAACAACCAGAGCCCGCCUCGUUUCCCACGGCAACAGUACAACCUGGAGAUCAGUGAGGCUAUGAGGACUGGAGCGACGCUGCUCAAUCUGCAGGCAGCGGAUCGAGAGAGGGACCCCAUAACCUACAAAAUCCACAGCGGAGACAUCCAUGGGCAUUUUGCACUGCAGCAGAAUUCUGGGUAUUUGGUUCUGGACAAUCCUCUGGACAGGGAGACUCUGGAUUAUUAUACCCUGGUGGUCACAGCCGCCGACGGACACCCAGACGGAACCUCCAGUGCGACGGUGAACAUCGUGGUGACAGAUGUUAAUGACAAUGAUCCCCAGUUCAAUUCCUCACUGCCAGUGAACCUCACUGUCAUCGAGGAGCAGGAUCACGCCUACGUUGGACAGGUCAAGGCCACUGACCCAGAUCUGGGGGCCAGCGGAGAGGUCCACUAUCGGCUCGUCAACCACCAGAAGCUAUUUUCCAUCAAUGCCACGGGAGCCAUCAGGACCGCCGUGCCGCUGGACAGAGAGGUGAAAGGUCACUACUUUCUGAUGGUGGAGGCCUGGGAUGGCGCGGUGGACCCCCGGAGAUCCAGGCUAACGCUCUCCGUCACCGUUCUGGACGUAGACGACAACAGCCCCACGUUCACCCAACAAACCUACCACGUCAAUCUACCGGAGAACAGCCCGAAAGAUACCGUCAUCUUAAAGUUAAAGGCGAUAGACGCUGACCUCAACUCCAACCUCACAUACAGGAUCCGAACCGAGGGCUUGGACCGGGAGAUCCCUGGGCUGUUCCGCAUCCACCCCACCACGGGGGAGCUGUCCGUCCUCAAGGUGCUGGACUUCGAGGCUCUGGCCCAGCCAGAACCCACGUACACGUUCACGGUGGAGGCCGUGGACGUGGAGGGGACCAUGCCUCCCGGACUGGCCUCUGUUACCGUCAGAAUAAUGGACAUGAAUGACUUUUCUCCGGUGUUCAGCCAGCCAGCGUACCGAGGCAUGGUCGCUCCUAAUGCUGUCAAGGGAACCAUCGUAACCACGGUGAUGGCCAAUGACUCUGACCCCGCCGGUACCCCAGCAGGAACGGUGCGCUACAAGCUGGACCAGGAGGCGUAUCCAUACUCUGCCAGUAUAUUUGACGUAGAAGAACAGACUGGACACGUGGUCACCAGAGUGAACCUUAACGAGGAGCCCAACCUCAAGUUCAGUCUGGUGGUGGUGGCCUAUGACGAUGGUGAGCCUGUGAAGGAGAACACCACUCUGGUAGAGAUCACCGUCCUCCAGCCCUCCGUUAUCCCAGUGUUCACUCAGGAAGAAUACAGGUUUCUACCAGUGAGCGAGGAGGCCGCUGUGGGAACCCCGGUGGGAGUCAUCAUGGCAGCUGCUGUCAAUCAGACCAUCGUGUACUCCAUCACCGAAGGCAACGAGGGAGGUGUGUUUGCAUUAAACGAAACCUCGGGGGUGAUUUCCACAGCCAAGCCCCUGGACUACGAGAGCAAUUCCAGCUACGUUCUGAAGGUGGAGGCAGACUCCAUGAGAGUGGUGUCCUCGAACCUCCGAGCUCCCUCCAAGACUAACACUGCUAAGGUGGUGAUUUCCGUGCAGGAUGAGAACGACCACCCACCGGUGUUCACCAGGCCGCUUUACAUCGGAGGAGUCGCAGAGGAUGCCAAAACGUUCACCUCCAUCUUACAAGUGCAGGCUCUGGACAAAGACACCGGUAACUACAGCUCCAUGAUGUACCGGCUGAUCAUCCCCCCUCCAGCGGGCAAAGACACCAGAGACAGCAAAGACGGCUUCGUCAUCGAGCCGUACAGCGGCGUGGUGAAGACGGCCAUCAUGUACCGCAACAUGAGGAGGUCCUACUUUAAGUUUGAGGUGGUGGCGACGGACAACUACGGCCAAGGACACAGCAGCAAGGCGGACGUAGUGGUGUCAGUCGUGAACCAGCUGGACAUGCAGGUGGUCGUAUCAAACGUCCCUCCAACGUAUGUGGAGAAAAACAAGGACAAGCUGCUCAGCAUUUUAGAACGCUACGUCCAGGAGCAGGUACCUGGAGCAAAGGUUGUCGUGGAAACCAUCGGGCCCCAUCGCCAUGGUGACGGAAUGGAGCUGGAGGACUACACCAAGUCGGACCUCAUGAUUUAUGCCAUCGACCCGCUGACCAACAGGGCUGUAUCCAGACAGGAGCUCUACAAGUUCCUCGACGGUAAACUCUUGGACAUCAACAAAGAGUUCCAGCCCUUGCUCCCUCCUGGUGGUCGGAUUCUGGAGAUCCGAACCCCUGAGAUGGUGACGAGCGUGAAGAAAGCUGCCCAGACCGUGGGCUACACAGAGGGGGCGCUGUUAGCUCUGGCAGUCAUUAUCAUUAUCUGCUGCGUUCCCGCCAUACUGAUCGUCAUUAUCACCUACAGACAAUUCAAAGAGCGCCAAGCAGAGUGUGCCAAAACUGCCCGAAUCCAAAUGGCACUGCCAACCGGCAAACCUGGGGGAGGCACUGCCAACAACCUGUACGAGGAGCUGGGCGACAACGCCAUACAAAAUCUGUCAAACCAUUCCGGCGCCGGCGUCAGAGCCGGCAGCCUGGACGAGAGCGACCGCCAGCGUCUCAUCUCAGAUUUUGCGACGCGAGCGAUCGCCGCCCAUCGUCAGUGCGUCGCUAACGGAGGCGUGAUCAACAACCUCCCCAAGUCUGAGUCCAACAUCACCUUUCUCUCAGACGAAAACCCCCUGACUAUCAAAAAUCCCAUCUACCACGAGGACGGGACUUCGAGCAGUCCAGAUACUCUCGGACGAAGCCAGAGAAAAAAAGACCUCCUUGGGAACUUCUCCCCGUCCAGGAAGGGCCUCCGAGAGGCCUGGCUGAGGUUGAGCUCCCCUGGAUGUGACGUGGGGUUCGGGGGGUACAGCGGCAGUGACAGCGGCUGGGGAUCAGGGGGCGGCCACAGUUGGACCCUGCCGUCGAGGCUGCACCGUCGAGACAUGUACGACGCGCUGAGGCGGCAAGUGGUUAUGGAUCCGGUGCAGUGGGAGCUGGAGCUCCUGAAGGCGGAGUUCAAGGAGAGUAAAGACGCUGGUCUGGAUUCAGGCUUUGACCAUGGGCUGGACUCGGAUCUGAUGGGGAGCCCAAGCUUGGAACCGAAGCUGUCGGUGAAAGAGCAGGCCAGACAGUUUGAGCAACAGGCCCUGCAGGAAAUGAGGCAAAGGCAAAACCGAGACUCCAGAGGAUCUUUGUCACCGGACCUUCUGCUUUCCGUUUUCCCGGAGUCUCCUCUGCAUCAAAGGCCCACCCCCACGCACAGCGUCUCGUCUGCUCAGACUAGAGAAGGUCCCCCGAGCAUCAUCAUCACCCAGAGCGACGGAGGAACCCCUCCGCCGUGUCACAAACCAACUCCCCCCGUGCUCCGACGCUUCGGGGCAAAUUUAACAGGAGGCGCAGAAGACCGACUCCAGCUCCACGUGGAGGUCAUCCCCGAUCCUCCCACAACACCUCCGCCACCACCUCCAUCUCCACCACCACCCCCUUCCACGUCUGCCCCUCUUCCGCCGUCAUCACCCCCUCCGCCUCACCCUCCGUCCUCACCACCUGCACCUCCGGCUUCAUCUCACUCCAACCAUACAGAAAAACAGGCCCCUCCCCCUCCUCCUCCUCCUCCUCCUCCGCCACCUCCACCACCUCCUCCUCCUCCCCCACUCCCUCCCUCUCUGUCGCCCUCGCUCAUACGCCCGUCCACCUUUGUCCUCCCGUCGCUUUCGGAGGUGCCGGCUCUGCGGCCCGUGUCCCUCCGCCCGCCGCCGCCUCCCCUCCCGGUGGAGCCUGAACCUCCCCGAAAGGAGCUGAAGGGGAUCCUGAAGAACAUCCAGAACAUAGCGGACAUCGAGAAGUCCGUGGCCAACAUGUUCAGCCAGAUAGACCAGAAACAGAACCCGCUCAAAAGGGUCCUGAAGAGCCGCGCUUCCAUCGAUUCCCUCGAUUCUCUCGACUCCUUGGACGCAUUGGCAGUCGCAGGAGGAGGAGAGGCAAGAGAGGGAGGUGGCGAAGAAGGAGGAGGAGAAGGAGGAGAAGGAGGAGGAGCAGGAGGAGGAGGAGGAGGAGCAGGAGACGAGCGUCCACCUCCUCAGAUCCAGCCCAACGCAAACAUGAACUCCAUCGUGGAAGAGCUUGAGAAGCGAUUCCCCUCUCAAUCCACGAUGCUUUAACAUUUGCCUUUCUGAUGCGGAGAAGCCGACAGAGGGACAUUUCUUAAUAUUGCUGUGCAGCUCAAUGUGAUGCUCAAAAUAGCUCAGCGGGACGCAGCGAUCAUUUUGUGAUGUUUACCGUGUCUACAGCUGAGCUCUUCCAGCACGACUUCCUGUUUUAUACUUUAGAAAGAAAGAAAGAAAGAAAGAAAAAGGCACAAUAUAAACACUCUUGUGCAUUUUCUCCCACCCGAGAAAAGAAAAGCAGAAUUGUUGAACUCAAAUAGCUGCAGACGGGAGUUCUGAAAUGAAAAAUCUCCUGGUUAACAUUCAGUUUGGGAAACUGUCAAAUCCAAAGUGAAGUAAAUACUUAAAAUUUAAAGUAUAUCCAUGUUGUUCUCAAUGAAACUUGACGCGUGGCCGAUCACAACUUUGGGACUCCUUCCGAACCUCUAAACAAGCCGAUUACAGAUGUGUCGGAGGUGAGGACAGACAUCGAAACAGGCGAGAAGAGAAUCUGCCGCCCUGCUCUGAACUUUGCUGACUUUUUGUGUUGAUAGUUUUGCCGCCGCAGAGCUACAACCAGCGACAAUGAUCCAUGUCGCGUUGCGUUUUUACUCUUUGAUCAGCGCUCGCUGUUAACGCACAAGUGCUGCAACACUUACUGUAAGAUUUCUGUACCAUUACAUAUUCUGUCUGUUCCUAUCACUUUGUUAUGCAUUUGAGUCUGUGCACUGUGUGUCAUGUUCAACCCUUUCUCCUAGGAGUUAGAUUAGAUGGGACUUAGAUUUAUGCAUUUCUAUACUUAAAAAAAUACUGCACUGCUAUGUUAAUGAGGAUCAUACACAUUAGAUCUCACUAUUUAAGAUAGAUACAUUAGACAUUAGGUUUUCUCCACUCUGCUCUUCAAUGGAGAAGAAAAAUAAUCCGACAAACCUCAGUUUUUUAACAUUAUGACCACCAGCACUGCUUGUGCACUGCAAGUUUUUCAUGCCCAUUUGCUCUGCUCUCCUGCCCUCUCAUACGCUCUCUUCCUCAGUGUCUACAUUUUUCAUGAAUUUUCUCCAGUUUACUUUAAUCAUUCUUCCUGGAAAUGCUUUUAAAGUCCGAACCAUUCAAAUGAACCGUGGUUCGCCGUCUCUUUUUUUGUAGGGCCGAGGUUUGGCUGUUUCACACAUGUCAUUUUUAUUCAGACCAAACUAAAAAGUCAGGCAUGAAAGAACCCUGUCUUCUCCUCGGUGGUGGUGUUGUCGUCCAUCUGCUGCUCUACCUGGUAGCCUGCUUCGGUUCUUGUUUCUGUUGGUGCCUGAAAACCGAAUGCAUAAUUCCUCAUCCAAGGCCAUUAGUUUGCCAAGGAGCAUGGAGGCUCAGAAGGGUCCAGAGAUUCUUUAUCUUGAUGCUUCAGACCAGCUUGAAUGAGAAUUUUCACUGUCUCAUUGACUUGCAUUCAUUUCUAGCUUCGGAAUUAAAGUCACUGUGCACCAACAGCUUUAAUAAACCACAACCAAGUGGUAAAAAAUUAAACAUAAAUCCACAAAGUAUACUGCAUUUUUAUCCCGUCAGACAAGUUUUAACUAGCUUUCGAGUUCCCCAUUGCAAACUGGCUGUGUUUAAAGGUGGUUUCUAGGAGACAGGGUUGGUCUUUUCAUACUCAUCUUUAGCAUAUCAACACCUGGCGUCAAUCUCUUUUGUGUUUAUUCAGCUUUCUGUCAAAUUCUCAUUUCGUUUUUGUUCAUUUGUCUCCAGUUCCCAGUUGGUUUUAGCUUUUUAUGUAUUUCUCAGUCUGUCUUUGACUAUUUUUCAUUUAGUUAAUUCAUUUAGUAUGUUUACAUUUACACUGGGAUCACAGGGUCUCUGAAUGUCUUCUGCAUUUGUGUCUUUAAAUGUGUUACAAGCUUUGUUUUUUUUUUUCAACAAGACUAAUGUAAGUAGGUGGAGUAAUAAGUUUAUGUAGAGAUGACAUUUUUAUUAGUACCACAUUUUUACAAACAUUUUCUAGAGGGUCAAAAUACUUUUAAUUAUAUCAACCCUGUUUAGAUUGGCAAUAUGGAAAUAAUGGGACCAAAAGGCCAAGAAGGUGAGGUUUUCUCAAUAAAAUAUGCAGUGCUAA